CUGGCGCUGCUCGUGCUGCUGGCGGCGCCCGGCGGGCUGCUGGCGGCGCCCGAGGAGGAGCCCGGCCGCAACAAGGUGCCGGCGGCGCAGGGAGCGGCGCCGGGAGCUGAGAAAGGGUCCUCGCCCGUUCCUCCAGUUCACCUCAUCAAUGAAGAGUCACCUGACAAGACUAACUUGGGCUUUAUUCACGCGUUUGUGGCUGCUAUAUCGGUCAUCAUUGUAUCAGAGCUGGGGGACAAGACCUUCUUCAUUGCGGCCAUCAUGGCGAUGCGGUACAACCGUUUGACUGUCCUGGCUGGUGCUAUGCUUGCCUUAGGACUGAUGACGUGUUUAUCAGUUUUGUUUGGCUAUGCCACAACAGUUAUUCCUCGUGUGUACACGUACUAUGUGUCAACUGCGCUGUUUGCAAUUUUUGGCAUCCGAAUGCUUCGGGAAGGCUUGAAAAUGAGUCCAGAUGAGGGUCAGGAAGAGCUGGAGGAAGUUCAAGCAGAAAUUAAGAAAAAAGAUGAGGAACUUCAGAGAACUAAACUGUUAAAUGGUCCAGGGGAUGUGGAAACAGGGUCAGGCACCACUAUACCUCAGAAGAAAUGGCUACAUUUUAUUUCUCCAAUCUUUGUUCAAGCUUUUACUUUAACAUUUCUAGCAGAAUGGGGUGAUCGUUCCCAAUUAACAACCAUUGUCUUGGCAGCCAGAGAGGAUCCCUAUGGUGUGGCAGUAGGAGGAACGGUGGGACACUGUCUGUGCACUGGUUUAGCAGUUAUUGGAGGGAGAAUGAUAGCACAAAAAAUUUCUGUGAGGACUGUGACAAUCAUAGGAGGCAUUGUCUUCUUAGCUUUUGCAUUUUCUGCACUAUUUAUAAGUCCAGACUCUGGUUUUUAAAUUUUUUUCUUCACUGCAAAAGAACAAGGAUUGGAAGCAUCGAGCAGCUAUCCUUGUGUGGUUUUGUAUAUAAUGUACAGAAUUAAACAAGCACUGAAGAUGAGACACUGAAUUUUUUAUAGCAAAUGAUCUGUGGGAUUGACGCAUUUAUGGACAGCUUCUGUGGUGGAGAUCUGCUUACUGUCUGGUUGUAUAUUCAGCGGUAUCUGCUCCCUUGGUAGGAUUUGCGUGGCUCUCUUGUUUGCUGGACUUGGCUCAGCUGAGUUUUGAGGACCUACAUCGGAAAUAUUGAGGCUUCUUUUUUUCUUCCUCCGUUACACACUUCCACCUCUCUUCAAGAGUUUAUUCGUAAGUCUUCUCUGAAGCAGCCCACAAGUGUUUUGUUCCAUAUUGCUUUGACAAAGCAUUACAGAGAAAACGGCUGGCUCCCUCUUCUGAGGACUUUGGUUCCAGCAUGUGCCAGAGGCUGGAUAAUCUAAGCAACAAGAAGCCUGGGAGCAGUUCCUAUACCAUUGAGUGGCCAAGCCACCAACAGAGCAUUUUAUAAAUUCAAUUUAGAGGGCAAACUUCUUAAUCAGGGAUUUAUAUCAGGAAAUCAGUGUCUGGUGAUCAACAACCAACCAUGUUUAAUAUGCAAGCUGUCUGAAGCUACUAUUAUUUGACUUUUUUUCUCCUUUUUCUGAAUUUUAAAACAUUAAGGUAUGUGGAAAAUAAUGAAAUGGUCCAACAUAAUGAUAUUCCAUUCCCAGGAUUGAACAAUAGUGGAAUUCUUAGAUUUAGAUGUGUUCAUAUUUUUCUUUUUAGGAAUAGAAAUGUAAUCUGGAGGAGUAUUAAUAAAACAUAGUGUCUCUCUGAGUUA